AUGUCUACUUCUGCAGAUAUCUAUACAAAUGGAGAUAGUCAUGAUCAUAUCCUACGUCCCAGACCCGGAAAUACCCUUAAUCCAGCAAUUAUUCGAACAAUAAGUGAAGAGGGGUUAUUACCUGUCAAUGGUACCAAAGACAUCUCCGAGGAUGGUAUUUUCAUUGGUCCCGCCAGUGGACGUACAACACCUAUUCCUGAAGAUGCACCUCCCUCCGUUCAAUCGAUGUUCUCUGCGAAGAGACAAAUCAAAGCAGAGCAAAAACGUCGUAUUUUCCCCAUAAUCGAAUAUACCUCACGAGUCUCGCACUUGGAUCCUCACAGCGAUCAUCAUGACUUUCAAGGAUUUUAUGUUUUAUUCUGGAUUGGUCUUGCCAUUAUGGCUAUCACAACAAUGUUGCGAAAUAUCAAAGAUACAGGAUAUCCUAUGAGGGUGGAAAUUUGGCAGCUAUUCACAGUUAAGGUUUGGGAACUCGGGGUUGCAGAUGGGCUAAUGGUUGUAUCUACAUCGAUCAGUCUUCCUCUACAUAAGUUCUUCAGAAGUAAAACAGGGAAAAUAUUGGGAUUUCAAUGGACCAAAGGCGGUAUGGCUAUACAAAGUUUAUACCAAAUUGUUUGGAUGGCAUUCUGGGUUUCUAUACCAUUCUAUCGAGACUGGACAUGGACAGCUCAGGUUUUUCUUUUACUUCAUACCAUGGUCCUACUCAUGAAGAUGCAUUCAUAUGCAUUUUACAAUGGUCACCUCAGCGAAACUGAACGACGAUUACGAGAGCUCGACUCCCCAGCAACGGCUUCAAAAGCUCCGGCAUAUCAAUAUCCAAGUCCAAGUCCAGGUCACAAACGAACAGCGUCAGAAAUCAGAGCUCUCACACAAACCAAAGCUGACGAAGUUGCAAGUCUUAGGGAAGAUCUAGCUCUCGAAUUGACGUCAACAAUGGGCUCGGUCACCUAUCCUCGAAACCUCACGUGGUAUAAUUAUGUCGAUUAUAUAUUUUGUCCCACUCUCUGUUAUGAGCUCGAAUAUCCUCGUACGGCCGGUAUAGUCUGGUCGGAGUUAGGUUACAAGACUCUUGCUACAUUUGGUGUUAUUUUCUUACUCACUAUCACAUCCGAAGAAUUCAUCCACCCCGUUAUGACAGCAUCGGCUACUAGACUUCAAACUGCAACCUCAUUUUCCGAAAAUGUCCUCGUCGUUGCCGAAUCAAUCAGUUUCCUUCUCUUUCCAUUCAUGAUAACUUUCCUUCUCGUAUUCCUUGUGAUAUUUGAAUUCAUCCUCGGUGCUUUUGCUGAGAUAACAUGUUUCGGAGAUCGUCACUUCUACGACGAUUGGUGGAACAGUACCGACUGGAUGCAAUUCUCCCGCGAAUGGAAUAUUCCCGUCCAUCACUUCUUUCACCGACACGUAUACCUCGGCUCCCGCUCAUACAUUGGGAAAGGAGGAGCCACAUUCAUAACAUUCUUCAUUAGCGCCAUUGGUCAUGAAAUAGUCAUGGCAUGUAUCACCAAGAAAAUUAGAGGCUAUGGAAUGACCGUGGGCGAGAGGAAGGAAGGUGUUGAAUAA